UUCCCCUUCUGAUUUUUCUCCUUGGCCCGGGACUCGGAGGGAUCUGCUGGUAGCUUCGUCGUUAACGGCACCCCUUAUUUCCCCGCUCCCUCGUUUCCCUCCUCCUCCCCCAAUUUUAGGGGGGGAAGAGGCCUCUCUCUCCCCCCCAGCCCACAUCACACACACCCUGUCUCUUCUCCGCCUGGCGGGCGCCCAGUGCGGUGGUUGGGCGAGUGCUGGUGCGGGCGCUUGCUCGCUCUCUCCCUUCGUUUGGAAUAUGGUUGGGGAAAUGGAAACCAAGGAGAAGCCGAAGCCGAGCCCUGAUUACCUGAUGCAGUUGAUGAACGACAAGAAGCUCAUGAGUAGCCUCCCUAACUUCUGCGGGAUAUUCAACCACCUCGAGAGGCUGCUGGACGAAGAAAUUAGCAGAGUACGGAAAGACAUGUAUAACGACACAUUAAAUGGUAGUACGGAGAAGAGAAGUGCAGAGUUACCUGAUGCUGUGGGACCUAUUGUACAGUUACAAGAGAAACUAUAUGUGCCUGUAAAAGAAUAUCCAGAUUUUAACUUUGUUGGACGAAUCCUUGGACCCAGAGGGUUAACAGCUAAACAGCUUGAGGCUGAAACUGGAUGUAAGAUAAUGGUCCGAGGCAAAGGGUCCAUGAGAGACAAGAAAAAGGAAGAACAAAACAGAGGCAAGCCCAAUUGGGAACACCUGAAUGAAGACUUGCAUGUACUCAUCACUGUGGAAGAUGCUCAGAACAGAGCAGAAAUCAAACUGAAGAGGGCUGUGGAAGAAGUAAAAAAAUUAUUAGUACCUGCCGCAGAAGGAGAGGAUAGCCUUAAAAAGAUGCAGUUGAUGGAGCUUGCAAUUCUCAACGGCACCUACAGAGAUGCUAAUAUCAAAUCACUAGUUCAUCUUCUCCAGGCUGCCACCAAUUCAACAGGCCAGGGACAGCUCCUUGAUCAAUGUGGAUGGGGUACCCAUAGAUUGUGUCCCUCCCCAGGAUACCCUAUGUAUGCAGCCCUUGCCUUUUCUCUUGCAGCAACAGCUCAGGCUCCAAGGAUUAUCACAGGGCCUGCGCCUGUUCUCCCACCAGCUGCCCUGCGUACCCCUACGCCAGCUGGCCCUACCAUAAUGCCUUUGAUCAGACAAAUACAGACCGCUGUCAUGCCAAAUGGAACUCCUCACCCAACUGCUGCAAUAGUUCCCCCAGGACCUGAAGCUGGUUUAAUUUACACACCUUAUGAGUAUCCCUACACACUGGCACCUGCUACAUCGAUUCUUGAGUAUCCUAUUGAACCCAGUGGUGUAUUAGGUGCGGUGGCUACUAAAGUUCGAAGGCACGAUAUGCGUGUCCAUCCUUACCAAAGGAUUGUGACCGCAGACAGAGCCGCCACCGGCAACUAACCUAUGACCUUCUGACCUCUGAACUCUUCACCCAAUGAUGACCUGACCAUGCCUGCCUGCUGAUCAGUUAACUGGUAAUCGCCUUUGCUUGCCUGUCUUCAGUGCAGCGAGCUGAGGCACUUGUCCGUUCGUCUUACCAUCUAACAAAAAGACAAAGAAUUUGUUGUCCUCCAACUCAGCUUUUUUUCCCUGUUUGGGUGAAAGUGGUUCUAGAACCUGCACUGAAUAGUAGUAAAGCAAUAAGGUCCAGUUCAUCCCUUCGCACUGAUCAUAUUUUAGUGUCCUGUCCUAAAUGAAUGGUAAGAAGGGCCUCGAUUAAGAGAUGGAGGCAGAUGCCCCUUAAACUCCCAGAUGACAGAGGCAGUUACUGUGAGACUUCUAGGAAUCUUUUUCUUCUCAUAAAGAAGUCGAAGCUCUCUUUGAAUGUACUGUGUGAUGAUGCAUCAUGCAUGAACCUUUGGUCAGGGAUGUCAUUGGUGAAGGGAUUCCUAAAAGUAUUCAAAAUUUGAUGUGCAGUGUAGUCACUACCAGUGCCCUCAAAGGGCAGAUGAUGCAGCCUUUUUUAUAUUACCUGCCAAAUUGGGUGUUUUUAAGAGAAAAAAGUGCCAUGGAAGAUAGGUUACUGAGUUUUUGAACUACGUCAAUGCAUAAACAGAACAGCAACACUAUUCAAGCUAAUCCUGAGAUACAGUUUCUUUUACUGUUCAUCUACUUCCUUAAAAAGUUACAUGAGUACAAGGUACAUGCAUUAUGUGUCACAUUACUGGGCAAACUGUUCAAAUAUUUUUUAAACCUCCCUGUAUAGCGAAAGUUCAUAAGGAUGUAAAAGCCAUGCUUGCCUAUUUGCUGUAUACAUGUAAUGAAAUUGUAGAUAAAGUGUAGUGCAUUGAAACAAAUUGAAAAAAAAAGUAGAUACUUUUACUAUACAAGGGUGCUGGUGCAGAAAAAAAUAUAUUUUUGGAAAUGUAGCAUUUUAUACUUUCAAGUAUUAUAAAAAAGAAAAAAGAACAAAGAAACCCUUUAUUUCAUUAAAAUGAUUUUUUCUGGUGGUUGUCGAGAAACAAAAGACCAAAAGAGCCUUUUUGUCUUUCUUUUUUAUUUUUUAAGUAUUGGAAUAAGUAUAAAGAAAAGAAAGUGCCUUAUUUUCUUCAUGGUCAUUUAGUCAGAUGUCUUGUAUUAUCAGCUCCUCCCUCAGACAGCAAGUUAAUGCAUGCCACUCAGUCGCCCAGUAUGUGAAAAGAAGCUGUGAGGAAAGACAAAUGAGUUGACCAUUUAAAUUGCCUGGUUUUUGCCAUAGCAUGAUGCAACUUUGGAAGAUCCGAAACUGUGAAAUAGAGUCGUUCCACCAACAGCCAACUGCAAUAUUUUUGUAACAUGUUCCCUCUUCAAUUUUAGACAAUAUAUUUUUAUAGUACUUGCUCAGCCUUAAACCAAAGGGUUCUAAGAUGCAGUCUUGUUCUAAAUCAGAGUAUUAGAUUACAGUAUUUAUACAGUAGCAAGUGUUUCUCUCUUAAGGGUAAGUUGUAUUGUCUCUGUAAUAAGUGCAGGAAAGUACAGUAGAACUUAAGCUUGCUACAGGUUGAUUUUAUUCCCCAUGAUGAAACUGAAUAUUCAGAUAACCUGUCUUUGAGCAUGUUUUUACAUUUUUGUGUGUUUCAUCUCUCAUGCCAAAUAGAGUAUACAGUGCAUAAUUCUCAUCAAACUCCUACUUGAUGAAUGUUAACUGCUGGUUGUGCUAGGAAAAAAGGAAAAAGUAUUAGUUACUAUUAGAACAUGGCCAAAGAGCCAGAAAAACUCACAACAACCAUCAGAUCCCGGCCGUGAAAGCCUUCAAGAAUACAUAUUAGUUACUAUCUUGGAAGUCUAGCUGUGUUACUUUUUGAGUCCAGAAAGGUUUACAUAGCUGGGUUAUUGGUGGUAAACACUAUACGCACAAAGGUGACAUAUAAAAAUAAGGAACAAGUAGUGAUGUGCUAAUGGCUUUGAACCAGAUUUGGCAAAGAUCAGGUGAUAACUUUUCCCCUCUUUUGUCAACUUAUUCUCCCCAAAACCUUCACAGCUUCCAAAUCAAAAGGUCAACAGUAAGUUAGUAAAGAGGGCUUCUUUUUAAAGCACCUGCAUGGUGACUUUGUCAGCAUUGUGUCUCACCUGAAAACAAGUAUCAAUUUAUUUACUAUGCAAUAAACAUUCAUCUUUUGUACUCAGCUUUUCUUUUAUCCUGCCACUGGCUUUGUCUUCCUGUUACACUUAGGGGUUUUUUGGUUUGACUUUCAGUAUAUGCUGUGCCAUUUUUAUUUUUGUUUGAUUGAAUAAACUUGCGACACUCAAACCUUUUGGAGAGAGAAUUGCUAAAAUGUUACCAGUAUUUGAUCCAGUUUCAUCUCAGCUCUGAUAAACCUGGACAUUUUUAGAUGCUGAUCAAAGUUCUCUUCUUGGCAGAAGUGUGACUUGCAAAAGUAAUGUUUGUUCUGAAAAAAGUUUGAAGACUUAGUUGACAACAUUUUGGAUCAACAUUAAGCAUGACUUUUGAAUCUCUGAAUGCCUUGGUUCUCAGUAUUAUCAUUCUUUAUUGAAUUUUCUUUAUUAAGAUAUGUAGUUUAAGUCUUUUUUCUGACAGUAUUAUGUAAUUUUUUAGAGUGGGUAAUAUGGGAGUGUCGCUUGUAUGUAACCGUACAGAUAACAUGUAUUUGUCUAUUCCUUUAUCUUAGUUUGAUGCUAUGUAUGUACCAUAACCAACCUAUUGCCUAUGAGAAACAUGUAAGAUAAUGUAUUUACAGCCAUUGUUACAAGUUUAUAAUGUAUUUUUCUAUCUUGUUUUAUAUGUAUGUUAUAUAACAUUCAGAAGAAUUUUUUUCCUGAUUGAGAAAAGGAUACAAAAAUGCAAAACCCACAAUUUUGAUAACUGAGAAUUGCCAAUUGUUUUGCAGUACUUUAUUAUUAUAUUGGGAGUGUUGUCUUUCUUGGGCUUUUAGUUAGCUACAGAAUUGAAUACAUUAGACAUAUUUGGGUUUUAUUUGGGUUUUUACAUAGCUUGCAUUUUAAUUCUUUGGUUCUUUGCUGUUUCUAUUAACCCAUAGCAUUAUUUUAAUAAAUGUUAUAAUACCAACCUACUAACUUUGGACUAUGUCAGUUUAUUAACCAUUACAUGUUUAAUUAAAAGAAACAAGAAAAGACGGAAGAAUGUAAAGUCUUGAGUUCUUGGACUAACCCUGAAGAACGUGACCACAGAUAACACAACGUGACUUGUUUUAUGUUGUUUGUUUGGCUGACAUUCUGCACACUAGUAUUAAAUUGGCUUUGGUCAUUCUGGCCCUUUACCUUGUGGGUAGAUGCCAGUAGAACUGGGAACAAGUAGAAUUACUGGAGGCAUUCUUCUUGUACAGCCUUGCCACUUGCCUUUCAGCAUCUGCAUUACUAAUUCCACACUUUUCCUCUCUGAAAUAAUCACUGUCAGCUCACAGCAAAAGGGCAAAGACGCUAGUAUAUUGGUAGAUUGUAUGAUUUGCCCAAAAAACCAGUUUGAUUCUUUGUUGACCCAUUCUGAGAUUACACAAAUUCAGUGUGAUCUGAAAUAUGUAACCUCUCCAGAAUUGUAUAUGCUUCUGAAUAUAUCUGAAGCAUAAAGCAUUUAAAUAUUCAUCUGGCAGAAUUAGCCUCUCUACAUGUCUCUCAGUGCUUCAGUUGUAAUCUUGAAGGAAUUUAAAUUGCACUCCUCAAAUUAUGUAAUUCUCAAGUAAUAGCAGUGACUUCAACCAGAUUGCUGUGUAGUAAACGUGUUGAUCAUUGUGGAUUAACUUCUUUUAGGAUCUCAGGAUACUUUUUCUAACUACUGUAGUGUUUUGUAAACUCUAGCUCAGGAAAUUACAAAGUUGAAGUCAAAAUACAUCAUUUUGUAAUAAUUGUGAAAGUACAUGAAUUCUUUUAAUAGUGGCAGCUGUUUUCAAGAGUAGGUCUAAAGUUACCUGAUAUUCAUACCCUGUGAAUGACUGCAGCAACACAAGUCCAGAGUCAUAAGUAACUGCUCUCUUUCUGAUUUUCUUUUAUGAGAGGACAGUUAUUAAUUGCUCUUGUAUUCUAUUCAUUUGUUUCCAAAUUAUAUCUACUUUGUACAUUUCUAAUAAUGCUUUCUUAAGAAUGAGGACAAGCAUUUCCAUUAAUGCUUCUUUUAAGAAAAAAAAGUUAAGCUGUUACAUUUAUUUGAGAAAAAAUAGUAAUUUUGUAGGUGCAGUUAUGUGACACAUGCCAGAUGCAAGUAUGAGGUAUUGAAAUUUGUUUCCUUCAUAGCUUGUAACAACAAUAUAAAAUUAACUAUACAGAACUCUGGGAUAGGGCAGAUAUAAAUCAGAAUAUUAAGAUAAUUUGCAGGUCAGCAAAUGUUAAUAUGUUCAAAAAAUCUAAAAUCCAUGGAUGUAUACAGUUUAAUUUGAAAUAAUAAUCAGCAUUACUUAAAAUUAAAAUAAAGACAUAGGCAUUUUUAUAUAGCUACCAGUGCCUGUUUUCUCCACAUAGAGGAAGAAACUUAGUCCUGUUAUGACCAGGCAGAAAGCAUUAUACUUGCCAUGAAAGAGUAUUUCUUUCCAGUAGCAGUUUGUGGCUAAUCAGGUGCCAUUUGAAUAGACCGUCCUGGUUUUGGAAGGUUUUUUUCAGGGGCCUGCCCCUCAACAGAGUUAAAAAGCAUUCAUGUGCCUAGAUGGCAGCCCCAAAUCAGUUAAGAAGCCAUCUAUAUAACUUGGAGUUGGUACUGCAAUUGUUAAUUUAAUAUGUAGUGGUAGUCAAGUUGUAAAUUUUGACUGAGGAUUUAGGCUGCAAUCCUGUGCUCUCUUACCUUCAAUUGUAAUCCUGAAGGAAUUUAAAUUGCAGUCCUCAAAUUAUGUAAUUCUCCUGUAAUAGCAGUGACUUCAACCAGAUUGCUGUGUAGUAAACCCGUUGAUCAUUGUGACUUAACUGCUUUUAUGAUCUCAAGAUUCUUUUUCUAACUACUGUGUUUAGAUCGGCAGGGUAUAAAUUUAAUAAAUAAAUAAAAAUAAAUAAAUUACCUGAGAACAAGCCCAUUGAAUUCAAGAGAAUAAGUAAAAAGGUUGUGGGAUUGCAUUGUUCAUUGUAAUUUUAACAUUGCCAACUUUCUUUAGAAUACAUUUUGGAAGCAUAUAACUACUUCUCAUCCGAGAUGCGAAAGAACUUUGGCUAUUUUCCUAGACAAAAAUAAAUGGCAAUCUGUAAGAGUCCCAUUUGUAGGCAAAUAGUAGAAAGACCAUAUAUAAAUGGCAUGCUAAUCAAAGAGUAGGGUGUUUUUUUUGUUGUUGUUGUUGUUUUUUAAGGAAAGCAUUAUAAAAUACAACUGGAAGAAAGGAGCUGAUUGAUGUAGCAGCUACCGGAUUACAGUGUAGGGUUGGACUUAGAUUUGACACACUGAAAGGUAGGGCCAGUUCACAGAUAAAACUAGAUACGAGCACGACCCAUGUGGUUUCAGAGGAUAUCACAAUGUUCUGGAUUUGGUUCUGUGGGCUAUGAGGAAAACAGAGAUCUUUUAAGAUUCAUGCCCUGCCCCCAUCCUCAUCACCAGCUGAUUGGUGAGACCAAAUCUGGAUACAGCCUCAUGUUUCAUGUAGCUAAACCUUGGUGGGACUGUAAACAGGGGCUUACUGUAAAUCAAAUAGUCUGUUAAAUUAAAUAUUGUACAUGACUGGGUUUGGUAGUUAAAGUAGACUUUAUAAUUGUAUAGGUAACUGAUUUGGUAGUAAAAUUUCAGUAUCAGAUCUUCUACAUGAAGUAAUAUACUUUUUUAAAAAUGCCUUUAAUUGUCUGUUUUUGGAUGAAAAAUUUCAGCCUAUGAGGGGGUGCCAAUGAAAAAUAGACAUCCAUCCAAUAAUCACAUAGUAGUGCAACUAUAUACAAAGUUUGUAUGGUGUCACAGAUUUAUGAAUUAACACAUUGCACAGAAUAUAGUCCCACAGUAUUAAAACAUUCCUAGAGUACAAAUUAUGUAUUGUACUUGGGAUUUCCUGUCUUUCUGUAUAAAAUAAAUAUAAUUGCUGAUGAAGUAUUUUACUUCAAGAUCAAUGUUGAAUCAAACUGGUUACAAAGAAACAGUACUUCUGAUUCUUUUUCUACUGACAGCUCACUAACUGCAGGUGUAAAAAAUCAGCCUUAGAAAUGGAUAUUUGGGAAGCAGCAGAUGGUUUACUUCACAAUAUUCACUUCUUCAUGCUAAUUAUAUUGGUGGUUGACUACUAAUUACGUAAGAAGUCACUCCCAAAGUAGAAGCUUCUUUCUGGAGAACUGAUGGUAAGGGGAGGAUUUUUAAAAGAUAACUUUUGAGUUAUGUUGUGACAAAGUGUUUGAAUCAUAUAAAGUUUUGUUUGUGCAACACUGUGUGUAUUGGGGGGGGGAGAUGUUGCCCAAACACUGUAAAUAAAAAACAUCACACCUGUAAAUGAUGUGCAAUAAAAACUGGAAAAGUUACAUGUGCUUUAUACUCAAAAGCCAAAUGACAGCUUGCAGAGCUGCCAUUACUUUUAUAUUUUGAAAAUUCAAAUUUUAUUCUGUAUCUAAAUGUAUGGCAGAAUAAAGAAUGUACAUUUGCACUC